AUGGCCAACAGAAAGGUUACAUAUUCAAACGUAUUUGCAAGAGAUGGACAGCAUUUUUAUGGAUUAAUUCGACAAGAUUUUAAAGCACUGGUUUACGUUAACACAAAAAAGAACAAUCUCACGUACCCACAAAAUUGGGACAAAAACCAAGACUGUAAAAAUUAUUUCCAUGAGGAUCCGGAGAUCAAAGCCGGAUUCUCUGAAGCUGAAUUCUCUAAGGCAUUUAAUCCUGACUCAGAGUUUCUUAGAGUUUUAAAAUCUGCUCUAGAAUAUCAGGGUUUUGACCCAAAAGUUAUCUUGAGACAACUUUUGAGAAAUCGCAAUUCUUUUUUAAAAGGUGAACGAGAGUUGAAAGAAUGGGAUCUUAGCAAUGUCUCAGACGAUUUUGCAGUGAAGGAUGACACUGCAGAAAUUAACAAAUUUUCAAAUAAAGGUCCAUUGUCCAAAGACAUUGCGUUCCUAAUAAUAAUGUUUUUACUUAGGAACAAACACAUAAGUAAAAUAAUUAAAAAGUUAAUUAGUGGAAUCAGCGAAAUCUUAGAAAUGUUAAAGGAAAAGUACGAAAUCAAGGACGAGGUAAGGGCAUCUGGCACAUCUCUAAACUCCAAAGAUAUAACUCUCCCGAGGAUUGCUGGUGUAAUAAUAGAAAACCCACUUCUUAGAGCUCUUAGAGUUUUAAUGGAGACUGUAAACGAUCUUCUUUUAAUUUCUUUUCCAGCAUUUUUUUCAAGAACUCCAACAAAUGAAUCAUUAUCU